GUUACAAUAUGAGAAGACCUACUAUCAGUUAGUUACUUAAAUAUAUAUAUAUAUAUAUAGUGGCUAAAAGUUGUGAGUGACAGUGACUGGUACCAUAUUUAAGAGCUUAAUCUUUGAAAGCAUGGCACAGUACACAAGUACUUUUCAUUUCAGUUAUAAUAUUUUGACUUGAAGCACAAUGAAAGCAAGGAAAGGAAAAAGAUCAGAGCUCUUUUGGCCUACAAUAGUGAAGAAAUGGUUGAAUAUAAAGCAAAAGGUGUAUGAUUUUAGUGAAGAUGAAGCAGACACUGAAACUGAGAGUGAAGAUGAUGAUACAUCUUCAGAUACAUCUUUUAAGGGCUACAAGAUGAGACAACGACAUAGAAGAGGAAAAUCAGAAACUCUGCGUGCUCAGUACAUAAAUACGAAGGAACUGAGGGUAACAAUUGGUACUUGGAAUGUUGCUGGAAUACUUCCAUGCAAUGAUGAUCUUGAUAUUGAGGGUUGGGUUUGUAGUGAAGAACCAGCUGAUAUUUACAUUAUUGGUUUCCAAGAGGUAGUUCCACUGAAUGCUGGAAAUGUAUUGGGAGCAGAGGAUAAUAAACCCAUCUCAAAAUGGGAAUCAAUCAUUCGAAGAACACUAAACAAAUCUUUUGAACCUGAAAAUAAACCAAAAAGCUACAGUGCCCCUCAUUCUCCUGUCAGAACAAAUUUUGCUAAUGAGAUAAAUAAAGAGGAAAACAAUUUUCCAUUGAGGAAAAUAUAUGGCAAUGAUCUUCAAACUAUACUUGAUUGGCCCGAACUUUCAUUCGACACAAUCCAUCAUGUCGAUUCUAAUCCGAAAUUGCGUCGAGUACUAAGUAGCUCAGCUAGAAUUGGCCUUAACUUGAUAGAUAGUGUUUCUUUGUAUGGUUAUGGAAUGAAACGUUCACACCAAAGUUCAGGAAAUUUGAGUUUGUUUUGGAGAGAGCAGCAACAUGAAAUGGUGCCUCAGGUAUUUGAUUCACUUGUUGGUGUAUCAGAUGAAGAAAAUGAUGCAUUCUCUGAAUUAACAAAUAACAAAGAAGUGAAAUUGCAUCCUAAGUAUGUUAGGAUUGUGAGCAAGCAAAUGGUAGGAAUAUAUGUGUCUGUUUGGGUUCAAAGGAAUUUGAGAAGACAUAUUCAUCAUUUGAAAGUUUCUCCUGUUGGAGUUGGUCUUAUGGGCUAUAUGGGAAACAAGGGGUCUAUUUCAGUUAGCAUGUCUGUCUUUCAGUCACGCAUGUGCUUUGUUUGUUCACAUUUAGCUUCUGGUCAAAAAGAUGGAGCAGAACAUAGACGAAACUCGGAUGUUCAUGAAAUUCUACAACGUACUCGUUUUGCAUCGGUCUUUGAUACAGAUCAACCACAUACAAUACCAUCACAUGAUCAGAUUUUCUGGUUUGGAGAUUUGAAUUAUCGUAUCAAUAUGUCCGAUGCCGAGAUUCGAAAGCUUGUAGCUCUAAAGAAAUGGGAUGAACUCAUGAAUUCCGAUCAGCUAAGCAAUGAAUUAUAUAAAGGACAUGUAUUUGAGGGAUGGAAAGAGGGGUUGAUAAACUUUCCACCAACUUACAAGUAUGAAUUUAACUCUGAUAAAUAUGCGGGUGAGGACACACAAGAAGGUGGAAAAAAGAGAUCUCCAGCAUGGUGUGAUCGAAUAUUGUGGCUAGGAAAAGGAAUAAAGCAACUUAAAUAUCAGUGUGCUGAAAAUAAGCUCUCAGAUCAUCGACCAGUUAGCUCAAUCUUCUUGGUUGAUGUUGAAGUAUUGGACCACCACAAGCUACAACGAGCUUUAAAUUUUGCAAGUGCAGUAGUACAUCCAGAGAUUUUCUUUGAAGAUGGGGACUUGUCUCUAAUAUAUAUGCCACGCAGAGAUUGAGGUAUAAAAACAAAAUUCUAGGUGACUCUAAAAGUCAAAUAUUUCUUACUCAUAAUUUGAAGUUUCUAAGAACAGACUUAGAGACAGUUGAACUGUAUUUCAAUUUAGUUAAAAAGAUAACAUGUAAAUUUGUCAUCAAUUUAUAUGAUUUUGUUUUACAAUUUGGUUGGUUUGAUAGAGACAACCGGUGACUAUGAUCUUCAAGAUUGACACCUCAAGUUUCCUAACAUUUUGAUGACAAUUUUGGUAUGUUAAGUGUAAUGUGUUCAGAAUGUACUGUGUUACCUCUUAUUCAGUUUUUUUUAUGUCUUUCAGGUUCUGAACAUUCUUUUCUGUAACCAUCCUCAAUCUCAGUCCAACUUUUGUUAAUAUUCAAAAUUGGUUAGACAGCAGAACUAAUGCAAUGAAUAGCCUAACUGGAAAUUUAACUAUUCUUCUCCAUCAAUUUUUUACCUCUUUCAUGUUCUGAACAUUCUUUUCUGUAACCAUCCCCAAUCUCAGUCCAACUUUUGUUAGGAAUUUAACCA